AUGAUACAAGCAGAUGGAGGAUUCUCAAAUGAAAAGCCAGGGAAUAGCAUGGCUCAAGCUGUUGCAGAUGCAGUUAAAAAUGAGGUGGGUGCUCGGAUAAAGCGCUAUUUUGAUGAUUUAAAAGUAAUUCGAUUUUCUACUCAAGUUGUUGCUGGAAGAAAUUUUAAACUUAAAGUAGAAGUAAAUAGAGAGAUCAUGCAUUUAUUUGUUCAUUGCCCUUUAUCAGGGCCUCCUCGACUUGCAGGCAUUGAAAGAAGAAAAAGACUUGCAGACCCACUUUAA